UCGAGUCUGUUAGUUAUACACUAGUCAGUUGGCGAAGUAGCUUCGCUGUGGUAGCUGACCUACGCAUUACCGGUAAUUUGAAUCACUGCCGCCCUGCACGUGUUCACCCAUUUUCUGUAUUACGCGCUUGCGCGAAUUUCACUUGGGUGCAGUGUACAGUUUCUUGCAGUGCGCGAGUUACGAAAAAGAAUUUUUUUCUAUCAAAAUGAACGUCAACGUGUGCAACGGCGAUUUAGAAUCGUCGAGUACGUUCACAAUCAAAUGGAAGGUCAAGCAAUUCACAGCUUACUUUGAGGGCAACAGAAACGAUUUGAAUUCGCCGGAAUUGCUAACUGUCUAUGCAAACAACGUCCUGCAUUGGCGUUUGAGACUAAGCAAGAAUUAUGAUCGUGAAGGAUACAGAAGUUACAUGGCGGUGUAUUUGGAUUAUCUGGAUGAAUUUCCAAUGACAGCAUCGGUAAUUUUUGCCAUUCUGAGCAGUAGGCGCGAGCGCGUCUUUCAACGCGUGACCAAGGCAAAGUUCGACAAAAAUUUGCAUUUCUGCGGCAUCAUCGACUUCGUACAGCAGAAUCUCAUCACCGACGGCAGUAUGAAUCUACUGAUGAACGAUAGUCUGAUCAUCACCUGCGAGAUCAGAUUCCAGGACUCGAUGCUUUGCGCGAAAUUCAGCAGACUCGGCCUCGGCGAGAAAAGCACGUCGCAGGACGGCGUUGGAGCGCCAAACAGGAACAUCAAGUCGACUGCUAUAACUUCCGCUAGUCACGCAACUGUGAACUUGAACGCCGAGCUAAAAGCUUUGUCGGACGACAUGGAAAAGCUGUUGGAGAGCGAGAUCUACAGCGACGUGUCGUUCAUCAUCGGUGAGAAAAAAAUUCGUGCGCACAAGAACAUCCUGACCACGCGCAGUCAGGUGUUCGAGCAGUUGUUCGCUAACCACGAGACUGCCGAGAAGAAGCGCAGCCUCGUCGGUGUCAAAGACGUCAGGUACGAGGCUAUGAGAGAAAUGCUGCGCUUCAUAUAUACCGGCAAAGUCAACGAUCUCGACAAAAUGCCGGUUGAACUGCUCAAAGCAGCCGAGAAGUACGCGCUUCCCGGACUAAAGGCUAUCGUCGAGAAGACACUCGCCCAGAAAAUCAAAUUCGAAAAUGCACUCGAGUAUCUCAAUCUCGCCAAGACUUAUAAUGCUUCGGUGUUGAAUGCCAGAGCUAUGGAUUGUGUAAUCAAUCGUUUAGGCGACUACGUUAACACACCCGAGUUCCGUGAUUUGAGCGUCGAGAUCAAGGAUGAUCUAUUGAGUGCUGUUUCUAAGAAGAAGAUUCCUUAGUGAUUGCAGCGAUUUUUGUACAGCUGUACAAAAAUGAACUUUAUUAUUUUCUUUUCUAACUGCUUGUUAAUGAACGUUUUUUUUAAAUUUGAGUUUAUCGUAAUAUGAUGACAUAGUUGGAAUUCUAUUAUAGUUAGAUAUUGUGCAUGCUGUUCAUUACGAUUCACUAUGAAAUUUUAUGUGAAUUAAUAACGAAUAAAUGAAGUAUUACAAAAUGAAAUUAUUUUCUUGAAGCGUUUCUAAAACAAAUGCAUUUUCACUACUUAAGCUGAGUAUACAUUUAAUAUUAGUAUUGAUAUUACUAUUGAUAAUUAAAUUUACAAUCUUGUACGAAAUUAUAAGUUAACAAAAUUUAAUUGUUAUUUGUUAUAAAUUAAAUAUAAUGUUGUCUUUGCUCAUAUCUCAAAAAGAUAAUAGCAUUUUAAUUUUAAAACUGAUGUAUACUUGUAGAUGAAUAAAUAUUAGUCAUA